AUGCCUCUUUUACAAAUAAGCGGUCUGGAUGUACAAAUGGUGUAUCUGGACGAUGAUGAUGAAGCAAAGGAAUACUCAAGUGUGCUAGAUCCUACGAGCACUGAUGCAGUCAUUGUUGCUGGUGAUGACAAUCUCUUGGCUAAGACGACGAACCUUUGGAAUAUACCCAUUUACGUGCUUCCUCUGGGGGUUUUUAAUAACUAUUGCAGUACAGUGCUCAAGGAUAGUAACUUUAUUAGCUGGUGCUACCAAAUGAUUGUACCAGUUUUGCAAAAUAAGUCGCAUCGCAGAAAUGUCCUGAGCAUUCGACCUGUGGUAAAAGGCACUCCCGAGUUUGAGAACAGUGAAUAUUUUCAGCCUGAUUCCUCUAAGCAGGAGGUCUUUGCAAUGACUGGAAUUGAAUGGAGCUGCUGGCGCGAUGUGGAGUACGGCGGUGGUGGUCUUUCUCUAACCGCUUCUCGUCCCACCAGCCACAAACCUCGCCUCGCCACUUCUCCGAGAUGCGGCGACCCUGGCGCUUCCAAUGAUAUCAUUGUCGAUAAUUCUCUUAGCUCCGCUUACAGGUACUAUUCGCUCCGCCAGUGCUUUAAGCGCCUUGGUGCCGUCUGCCGCCAUACCUUGGCCUAUCUCCGCGCUCCUGCCUUUGAUCCCACUCCACCCACCGCAGAGCAGCUGGAGGCGGCCAGAAGGAAAAGAAAGCCCCUCAGACGAGGAUGUGCUAAGCAAGCAACGCUUAUUGUUAAACCCGUGUGUGGUGGUUGUAAAAAGUGCUGGAGUGAGAAGCAUAGGUUGGCAGUGUCAAAAAUGGUGCCAGAGGCCUCGCGGAAAUCAUCAUGGUUGGGGUGGAUUUUCGGUUUUUCCUCAUACUCCACUGCCAAAAAUGACAAAAAGACAUUGAAAUCACAAAAUACAGAAUUCAUGGAUUACGAAAACCCCGAGUGUGGUUCGGAAACACGUCUCAAUGUACCUCCGGCCUCGCGUAUCGUCAUCACUCUUGAUGGGGACAAUAUUCGUGUCAACGUGUCACCAGCAGCGCGGAGUCUGGUGACCUACGUGAGACAGGCUAUGGAGCACCUCACUUCUCCGGCUUAUCAUUCCAAUUCUGUGGAGCCCCUUCCGCUCUCCUGUCUCUGCUCCUCCGUCAUCCUCUGCCCCUCGCGCACUGAUGUCGUCGUUAUCAGUGGUGCUGCUAUAUACGUCCUCUAA